GCAGCUCACUGAUAUCGUCAACUACAGCACUGCAACACUGACUGUUUUGGAGCCAAACUGGCGUACUCCCAGUCUAACUGUCAAGUGGCCAACAUUCGAAACUGGUGCAGCAGUAUUGGAUUGUCAUUUGAGCGGUUUCGCACCAAGGUCGGAGGUCCUGGUGCUCCUCGCUGUGGAUGCGAAUGGGCGAUUUUAUAUCGUGGCACGCAGGAAAGUUGCCUUCAAUCCACUCGGUGAGAUGACAAUUGUGCAUAUCGGUUGGCAUGAAUUAUGGCCGCCUUUGGGACCGGGAAAGCUCUUCUGCUUGAUACAGCCGAUGUCGACUGAGACCCACAAGAAGCGCGUCCUAUCCCGUCUGCCGGUACAAUCAGAGUUGGUGUGGAUAAGUCAGCCAGUAACGAGGUUGCAUCUGCCCGACAAUUGCCCCAGUGCACCGAAGGUCUGGACCGAACCAUCCACGGGCGAUCGACUUCUCCCACAAGGCUCACAGUUGGAUAUGAGAUGUGAGGGAGCAGUCACGACGCACAGACUCCCGCUUAAAAUGUACUAUCUGACUGCGAAUUUCUCGCUGGUGGUAUGUGCUGUAGACGGCGCGGUGCACCCACACGGGGAAGUGUCCACGACUACAGCAAACCAAUCGAUUUGGAUAGAAUCGGAGCACGUGUGCACUUCAGUCACUACUGAAGACCAGACAUGUUCGCAGCACAUCGGGGAAGAAGAGAACUGGUUCAGCUUAUACUACGAGACAUCAUGUGGAGUGAAGUGGAAUCCUACGAGCCUCGAAGUGUUCCGAAGCAUACGACUAACCAUCAAACAGCUCCGACAUGUGGACUUUAUGGCGAUCGGUUUCUGUGAACCGAUAACCUUGCAACCAACUGGAGGAGAUCAGACAAAAUCGACUCCUGAUCUCACAAGUGAUUCCAUUAUUGUUCGAUUCGAACUCCCUCCACAAAUUACCAACUUCUACUUCGACCCAGAGCGAGAAUACUGGUUUUGUGAAACCUACUCAUUCCCAACAAUUAAUUCCGGUUUGAUCAAAGUUUUGCGAGCCUCACCUUCAACUCUGGCGAAGCAACUGCGGUUUUACACAACGGAAGUAGAUCGAACACUACCGAGCCUGAAGGAUCCACGGUUGGCUUCCGGAAGGACGAAACCUCUCUGGAAUUACUACUUCCGCUUUAUCUUCAAGCCUCGAUCACACAUUCACGGUAGGCUCAGACGUGGAGAAGCAAUGCUACAAUGCGUCUUUCAAUCUCUACACAAGAAUCUCCGCACGCUAAUUCGUAUGGUUAGUGAUGAACUGUCUAUUCAACGCCCCGAAAUACUACUGGAUGGUGAUGCGAUGGAUCAUGACUGCUCGAUGGGGACACAGUUGGAAUUGACGUACAUCACUUUACAUCGUCUUGUUCGUUACACGUGGCUACAUUAUGAUAUCAGUGUGGCCAUAUUUUCUCUGAUGCGUCGAACAAAGCAUAGAUUAGCAAGCGAACCUGAAACUCAGUGGGCUACCAAGUUGUUGAAUCCUUCGUCAAAGUCCACCGAAAAUUCCAGCGUGUCUUUUAUAAUGGAUGAGGACCUCACUAUCAUUGUUGUCCAACCGAUCUCGGAGUUCGACCACGGGGAAUACUAUUGCACGGGGAAGACCGUGAACAACACAACCCUGCGAACCAACCCUAGAACGCAAUUGGUCCAUGGCAUGCAGAAGCACCUCGCUUUCGGAGUGCGGGUGCAGGACGCACGGAAGUUGUGGUCAUCGGUGUGUCCCACUGUGCUGUUGGGACAAGUAGCGCAGUUCAGAUGCUCCAUUUGGUCAACUAAUUCUGCCGGCCGACUAUUGAGGCAUUUCCGAAUAUCAAGCGCCAGUCAGAACGAGGAAUUGCACAACGUGUACUUACAGGCCCCCCAUCCACACGGAGUCAUCUUGGGUGAGAUAUCCGUGCACGUGAAUGUGACAAGUGGCAAUUUCGCGAAUGACUUGGUCUGCCAAUUUUCAGACAGCACGAUAGCAAUGGACAGGACAAUCCAUCCGGUGAAGGCAGAGUGCACUACACCUAAACUGGAAUGGAGCCCCAGUGAUAAGAAAGAGUACGGAGUGGACGAUGAGAUCAGCUGUGAAGCUCGUGGGGGCUGCGAACACGUUCGAGCUACAUGGACUUGGGUUGCCGGUCCGAUUCCGCAACUCGUACCUGAGUCAUACGAUCAAGCACACUUGCUGAGCAGUUCAAGCAACAAACUGAUUCUCAAGCGACUGCGUCGAAGUGGCAACUACUUAUUUCGCUGCAUCGCCACUUGCGAGUGUCCACAUGGGACGAUGAGGAAUUCAAUUCUGGUCACACUGUACGUGAACACCGCGCGAGAUCAGGAUAUUGGGAGCGUGACGCAAGGUCUCGAGUGGGAUCGGAGCGACAUCACGGGUAUCACUUCAACGAGUGACACUACUGUGUCGAACAGGCGCCCCGACUAUCUGCAUUCGUUAGUCGAACACUGGUCGGAGAGGGACUAUCAACAGUUGCAAAGUGGCGGAGGAAGUGAUGUACCGUCGAUUGUACGUGAGCCACAGGAAUGGGUGCAGCUAACCACUAUCGAUAGCACAGCGGAAUCGACUGAUGAUGUCCUAAUUCCCGACGAGUUGUGCGCUCAUUCGACCUCCCAAACUAAAAGCAUUUUCCCACGUAUAUCAUCAUCUCAUGAGGACAUCAUUACAGCAGACCAAGGUGUGUCCACCAAUUUCAUACCUUCUUUGAUGGAUCGAAGCAGGCGAUUGUCCAAGAUUGGGCAGACCGUGCGUACCGAUGGGUCAGGCGACGUGGAUUCCAUGGAAGGUCCACAACUUUCAGCUGAUCAGCCAGAUAGUAUAGGAAGCCAAGCUGCGCAUGCAGUUCUUUUGGGACAAGAGGAUGAAGGGCGCACAUCCGUUUCCUCAUCCGCUAAACGUCUCUUCAGUGUGGUGGAGAGACUUAGAACACCAAAAACACGAAGCUUUCCACAUCGACAAGUUAGUGUAUCUGCUAAUGAAAUACUGCCAGUGAACUGGUUGCAAACGAUGCGCGACGAUAUUCCGGGAGAUGUGUCUGACAAUGCACGAAUGAUGAUGACGAGAUCAGAAGAAUGGUGGCUAAUUCAAAAUGCUACUGAACGCAUUCCAGUAAACCGAAGAAGUGGGGGUGAUGUAGCAGUCAACCAAUUGAGAAAACAAAUAUGGUCCUCAUUUGGGUUAAUCGGUGAACCGAUCGAAUCGCAAAGAAAACGAUCCGAAUUGCUCACUAGGGAGCCAGUAAUGGGAUCCAAAAAAUUAGUUGAAUCUGCUCAGACUCUGAGGGAUGCGAAUGGCAUGGAAGUUGACGGAAUCGGUGUGCCUAAGAAGCCGUCUGGGAUUACUUCUAUGCCGUGGACAGACGUAAAAAUGAGAGCGGAUAGACAUGAGGAACGUGGGCAAAUAAUUCGACCAAGUUGGAAGAUAGAUCGCUAUCCCGUGAUGUCGAUGCGAAGGGAACAAGUCCAGAGCUAUCGCUUGCAACUUGAUCAUGGUGUAGCUCGUAUGAAGUAUCUUGCGGAGGACAGUUGUGUUCACCUGCAGUGUACACCAUGGGGCAAAUCGCACUGGUAUUUUGACAGACAAAGCGACGUUUACCACCUGAAGUCGUCAAAAGGACGCAGCUCUACUCUAGGAACAUUCGCGGGUCCGGAGCGAUUGUGUGGACAAGACCAGAUUGACGCAAGCAACUAUGGGAAUACAUUGUGGACUUCGGUCGUAAGGCCAGCAAUUCUCGCAGAUCUACAUAGUAUGGAGUUUGCCUGGGAAGGCAGGAAGAGGGUGCUGCCUGAAAGAUGGAAUAACGCACGCAACAAGUUGGUCAAGCCGCAUGUGCGAUAUUCCUUGUCUCCAGUGCAGCUGAAAAAGCAGGAGACCGACGUGAUUCUGGAUGUUAGUCUUGUCGUGCUUCCUGCAUCCAUGACUGCAAAGUGUCCCGACCUCUCUGGUGUAUGGUUUUCAACGUACCGACCGGUGCAAAUCACCUGGACCCGACAGUCGUAUUUGCAGAAUCUUCCGUCGUCGGAUGUGGAGGAACUUCUGCACUUCUCUUUACUCAGAAGACAGGUCACGAUAUUAUCUCAGCGAGGCAACAUCUCGGAAAGACUGUUCAUAUAUCCGGAGCAUAAGUGGUCCAAAGCCCAUACUUUGGACAUCCGCACUUUGACAGCCGAUGACUACGGAUUUUACGGCUGUACCACGACACUGCGGCCUCUCCGAAAUGAACAUGGAUUGCUGAAUGUGUCAAAGACAAGCUCUAAGCCACUGUGUAUAAUACCAGGCGUCAGGCAGCCAAAUGUUACCGUUGACCGGUUGGGUAACGGUAGCGUGGAUUCCAACAGAAAAUGUCUUAAAGCCGGAGACGAAUUCGUGAUUCGUUGCACAUGUCUCAAGACGCAGAUGCUCUGUGAACAUGUAGACAUGAUGACUCAUGGGUAUCGAAGCAUACGAACCAGACUGAAGGCUUAUUUACACUUGCUGACCGGUACGAAGUCAUAUCGAGCAAUUCAAGUCGAUAAUGGUUCCGAUGGAAUCCAGCUAUUGGAUUUGUACUCAGACCGGAUGGUGAAAACCUGGAAGAUGACCGUUGAUGCGUCGAUGCGUGAUGCAUAUGUGACGUGCGCAUCUCAUCCAUAGUUGGUGCCUCCGUCUAUCGGGCGUCCUGCUUAUUGGGAUCAUAUAGAGGAAGAGUUCAACUUCAGUCAAGGACGACUGUCACGUCGAUCGCGAGCCGUAUACAUAUGUGUGGAGCGAGGCGAUGACAGAACACGAUUUUACCCUUCUCCAAUCAGUGGUAAACUAACGCUGCUUCCUGGCCAACUAUUAACAUGCAGCAGCGCUGUGCUCAGUCCGGAACCUCCAGUGAUUAACAUCUACCGCAUUUUAGAUGAAAAAAUGCAUAGUGGCUUGAAAAAGGAUCUGCACCGGGAAAACAUGCUGGUGAACACGGCUCAUUUGUUGUCUGUAUCCUGGCGUAAUUCCACAAGACCGGGUAUCACUCGCCUCUUUGUACCGAGGACGGAGCAGUCGAGCAGCUUGUUCUACGUCGCUUGCACACACGUGACUUCGAAUACGUCACAA